CGAAACUUUGAUUGACCACGCAGUUCUCAUCAUUUUUUCCUUUCAGUCCUCUGUGCUAUAGUCUGUGGUUGGUCUCCUCUUUCUAUAUUCCAUUACUCUGGCGCAUGAUCAAACGAAUGGCUGAUAAGAUUGGGCAAUUUGGCCAGUCUCAGAAGCAGUCUAGUCAACCAGGACUUGCGAACUUGCCUUACACUUCAAUGUCUCAUUCGAUAUCUGUUGCUGCAGACUAUCAUCGCGGCUCGAUAUCAACGCAGCGAACGUCGUCCAGCGAAUGGACCCAGCAGGAAAAUAAUCUCGAAGCCAAGACGUUUCCACUACCGCGUGUGUCGAGGCCCAAAGCAUCUUACCGGCUCACCGACUUCAUAAUACAACGGACCCUGGGGACGGGUUCCUUUGGCAGAGUACAUUUAGUCAGGAGCAAACACAAUCUCCGCUUUUACGCCAUCAAAGUGUUGAACAAAGAGAAAAUUGUUCGGACGAAACAGGUCGAACAUACCAAUAACGAGAAGAUGAUGCUUGAAGCAGUUCAACACCCUUUCAUCAUCAAUCUUUGGGGCGCGUUUCAGGACGCUUCCAACUUAUUCAUGGUAAUGGAUUUCGUUCCUGGUGGUGAACUUUUCACCCUGCUACGACGGUCGAAUCGCUUCCCGGAUCCCGUAGCCAAGUUUUACGCUGCAGAGGUCGCACUUGCUUUAAAUCACCUACAUUCCCUCGACAUUAUAUAUCGUGAUCUCAAGCCAGAGAACAUUCUUCUCAACCAUGACGGUCACAUUAAAAUAGCAGACUUUGGAUUCUCAAAACACUGUUCGUCAGUGACGUGGACAUUAUGCGGCACGCCUGAUUAUCUUGCACCCGAAAUCAUAGGACAGCAACGGUACAACAAGAGUGUUGACUGGUACGCCCUGGGCGUGUUGAUCUUUGAGAUGCUUUCUGGACUUCCUCCUUAUCACCAACCCGAUCAUAACCCCGUUGUACUUUACGAAAAGAUUACUCGUGGUCCAGCCUUCAUUCGGUGGCCGUCAUUCCAUGAAAAUGCUACAGACAUCAUCCGAAAAUUGAUGGAGGGGGAGCCCUCCAAACGAUACGGAAACUUGCGGCAUGGGGCAGGUGACGUCUUUGCACAUCUAUGGUUCCGUGAAGUCGACUGGGACAAGUUGCGGAGUAGAGAGAUCACUGCUCCUUACCUGCCUAAAAUUGCAGGAGACGGAGAUGCAAGCGCCUUUGAACAAUACCCUGAGGACAACGCUGCCUCACUGUACGGACUUCCAGCUGAAGACACAUGGGGACAGGAUUUUCCCAAUUUCGAGUAUACCAGCCACUAAAAGGGACUUUGAUUCAGUUAUCACUACAUUAUUCUUUGUUUGGAACGUUGACACCAUCCAUUACCUGCAUUUGUUGUUGUAAUACCCAGACACGUCGACACCCCCUGCGCAUUGUACAUUGUAUACCAGUUGUUCUCAGUAGAACCUCUUGUUUGUUUCUCCCUUCAAUCCGAGUAUUAGCAACAUCA